AUGAAUUUGAUACCCCUACUAUGUUUANUAAUUAAUACAACAUAAUUCAAAAACAGUUUAUAAGUUCCAAACUAAAAAGCCGCAUACGAACAUCUGUCAAAGUAAUUACAAUAGCCUAAACCUUAAAAAGUAACAUAGCAACCUACUUUAAAAGGACAUCUAUUAAAAGCAAGUAUUAUCUCCAGAAAAUCCAAAGAAAAAGUAGCCGUCCAAACAAAAUAGUUAGAGACUUUAUUACCAAUAUUGAUAACAAUUAGGAUCUCAAAUAUUUUAUUUUUUUAAAACAAAAUCACAAAAAGUAUUAUUAUAUAUAUUUAAGAUCAUUAUUUUAUUAUAAAUGAUAAUUUUAGGUUGCAUAUCACAUUAGUUUCCAUUUUUAUAAUUAAAAAUUGUUUUUGUCUAUGUUAUAUUCAGAUUAGAAUGAUUAUAAUUAGUUUAGCCAAGUAGCCGAUAUUUCAUUAAACAGUGUUGAUUAAAGUUAAAGUCAGUAUGAUCGAUUCUAAGGCAAUGCAGAGAACAAUUAAAAGGAAUAAAAGGAAGUGGUCUCUGUUUAAUCUAUUAGAAUUCCAUUUAAUAAAGUAGACUUCAUCUAAUAACCAAUAAUGGCAAAAAGGUUUCUAUAAUGUUUAUAUUAAUAGGAUCAUGCCUGCAUACAUUAAAAAGAUGGAUAAUUGCUAUGCAUUCUUUAUUUUUGAUCUAUUGUUAAUGGAGGCAAAAAAGAUGGGAUUAUUUAAUUAAAAAUUCAUUAUUAAUUCGGAAAGUAAAACACUUGUUGGAAAAAUAAAAAUAAUUGAUGGAGGAAAACUUUAUGUUUUUUAAGAUGGUGGAAUGAGUCCAAGGAAAUGUACAAAUUAAGCAUUUUACAGAAAAUAUUUGGGUAGUAUUUGCAAAUAAAAUGAAUUAAAAGUAAUAUUAAAUUCAUACUAUAGUGUCACAUUCCAAAAAUAAAUUAAUAAAAUAAUUAAAUUUAUUCUUAUUCUCCUGUCUAUUUUAAGAAAAACAAAGAAAUCAUUUAGUAAAAUAAUUAAUUUUUUGAAUUUUACAACAUCUUUAAGUUUUCAAAAUAAAAUUUAUGGUCAAUUCUAUACAAAAAAGAACUCACAUCAGAUCAUUUCUUGAUAAAAAUACAAAAAACGGAUGAAAACACAUUUGAAGUACUAUAUACAGCACCCAUUAAUCAUUUGUAAGCCUUCCAGAUUAGUAUUUCUAUAAUACAAAUUAUUUCUUGA